AUGAGGUGCAACGCCUGCUGGAGGGAAUUGGAGGGUCGGGCCAUAUCCACCACAUGCGGUCACUUAUUAUGCACUGAAGAUGCAAGCAAGAUUCUCAGUAAUGAUGGGGCAUGUCCCAUUUGUGAUCAAGUACUCUCCAAGAGUCUAAUGAAACCUGUGGAUACCAAUCCAAAUGAAGAAUGGAUAAAUAUGGCAAUGGCUGGAAUUUCUCCACAAAUACUGAUGAAGAGUGCAUACCGAAGUGUAAUGUUUUACAUUGCUCAAAGGGACAUAGAGAUGCAGUACAAGAUGAAUAGAGUUGUCGCCCAGUGUCGUCAGAAAUGUGAGGGUAUGCAAGCAAAGUUUAACGAGAAAAUGGAGCAGGUGCAUACAGCAUAUCAGAAGAUGGGCAAGAGGUGCCAGAUGAUGGAGCAAGAAGUUGAAAACUUAACCAAGGAUAAACAAGAGCUCCAAGAGAAGUUCUCUGAGAAAUCAAGACAGAAGAGGAAGCUUGAUGAGAUGUAUGACCAGCUAAGGAGUGAGUAUGAGUCAGUCAAACGUACAGCAAUCCAGCCAGCAAACAACUUCUACCCGCGACACCACGAACCUGACUUUUUCUCAAACCAACCAGUUAACAUGAUGGAGAACAGAGAGCCCAUCCGCAAAGACCGGUCGUUUUUCUCUCCUGCAACACCAGGACCUAAAGAUGAGAUAUGGCCAGCAAGACAGAACAGUUCAAACUCGGGUCCAUUUGACAUCUCCAGCGACUCACCCGCGAUUCCAACCGACCUUGGAAACAGAAGAGCAGGAGGAGGACAUCCUGUAUAUGGUGGGGGUGGUGGCACUUCUAAUCCCCAAUCAACUCUACGAAAUCUUAUUCUCUCCCCUAUUAAACGCUCUCAGCUCUCUCGCUCCCGCCCUCAACUAUUCACGCUAUAG